GACACGCGAAGGUAAAACGUUCUGUGGAAUCUUUGCAGAGUCUGUUCCUUGUCUUCUUUUCAGCCGUAAAUGUUCGAAUUUUGGUAAUCAGGGACAUUCCAUACAACAUGGGCUGACUUUCUCACCAAACACGUUCGAUCGCAUGGCUUCGUGUCAUGUUUUGUACAGAUUUUCCGCAUGCCGUUGCAUUAAUCAGUGAUUAAUUUGCGAAAGCUUGAUACUUCAAGGAAUUGUCUCAAGGUAAGAUUUGGUGUACUCUGUCUUGUAUUGUGCGUUCGUAACUAGAAUGCAUGUAUCAUAUCAGGUUGUAGUAACAAUCGUUUAUAUCAAAGGGUUAAUUAAUAGUGGUCAGAAGAGGGAAAUCGCGUGACUUCAUGAUUCGAUAACUACAUGCACACUGACAUUAUAUAAUUUUUUAGCUUAAGAUUACUCGGCCUCUGUAAUCAGUGAAAAAAUUAAACCGCUGAUUACAAACCGGGUGUACAGUGCAGACUACUAAGACAUAACCCUUUCUCUAUGCGUGGAUAGUGAAAGUAAUGGGUAAUGAGCCUAACACUUCCAGGUCCUGCCCAAUUUUCCUUCCCUUACAGCCUGCAGCUCUUUUACGAUGGCAAAAUAUUAAGCGUUGUUGUGUAAUUUCCGCCUAUUUCCCCCACAUUUUUUUGGUAGUUUGUUGGCAGCUCUAGAGAGUUUUUGGGUUUGAUUUUUGCCCCACUUCCCCAUCACUUGAAAUCUGGAUAAUUAACCCCCUUGGUCAAAUACCUUCUUUCUAAACCGCAACUUUGAUCUAAUACAAGAAUAAGAAAUCAGUUUUGGCUGACUUAAACUAACACCUUGACAGAUUUUUACACUGGAAGCACAAUGUCUGUUUUAGCGAAAGAGUUUGAAUUUUUCGUUGAAUGUCAACAAAUUUGUUUGAAAGGCCAAUAAUUUUAUUAGUCCAGUGAAAUGGAAUAUCUCUUCAAUUCACUUCCUCCGGUCUUAAAAUAUGUUGAGGAUAUAUUUUAUUGUUGCCUUUAAAAAAUUGCCUUAUUUGAAUUCCCUCCAAAAUUUUACAUGUAUUUUGCCCAUCAGGCAAGUUAAGAACAGAGUUCACAAGCUUGACACUACAAAAUCCUCUAGGUGUAAGGCCCGGGUUAUCGGACACGAUUUUCUUUGCAUGCCGCUAAAAAAUGUCGACUUAUGUCCGCUAAAAAAAUGGCGACACCAGAAUAUGUGCGAGGAAAUUUCAAAGUAAAUGAUAUGAAAUGAUCUUAUCGUUACUGAGGCAAAAAAAAAAAUAAACAAACAAACAUUCAAAUGCAUUCUUGUAUUCUCAGCACCAAAAUUCGUGCUUAGUGAAGAACUAGAAAAAAUAAUGCUUGAAUAGUGUAAAACAUGCAGUCGUUAGUGAAUAUUAGAGUUGACGUUCGGUCACUUUCUAGGCUAUGAAGUUUUUCCCAAGGAUCAAGUAUUCCCGAUGUUUAUCUGAAACCAUUUCCUUUAACAGCUAACACCAGUUUGCCCAUUUUGUCAGAGCAAGGAGAAAUGGGUGCAUGUAUUCGCUGGUUUUCUUCAUGCACGUGCCGACGAGGUUCCAAAUUAUGAUAUUGAUUGACAUGCAUAUGGAGUCCAGAUAAAAGAAAAAGUCACACAGCAAUUCUUUUGGGUGCCAGAGAUUUAAACUCAGUCUCAUAAAAAUCUUUUUAUGUUGAUCAUUUACAGUAGCUAAGCGGGAAGAAUAUUUUGUUAUGGUCUUGUCUUUGGCCUUACCGUUGUAUUUGUGUAGGUCUCGUAAAGAAUACGUGGCUGUUGGUUUUUGAGGGAAUUCCUUGGCAACACUGGAUUUAGGAAGUGUUUUUUUUUUUUCUGCGUACCGUACAGUUAAAAUCAAAGGCAAUGUUAUCUCCACUGUAAUCAAUGUGCAUCGGGUUUUUUAUGCUUUUGAGUGUAUUUUGUUAGAAUACUUCAGAGACGUGUCUCCAUGCCAAAUGACAGGCGUACAGGUUUGCUUAGUUCUGGCCUGCACUGUAGCAGUUUAUAUUUCAUUGUUCAGGUCACCUUGAGAAAAGUUUCCCGGAGAGCAUCAUAUAAAAGCUCUGAGAUGGGACAAAGUUAAUACAGUUGAACCUCCACUAAUGGCCUCCUCUCCACAAUGGCAACGGCCACCAAAGCAGGUCUCCAUUCUGCCAAAAAGAACCUCCCUACGAUGGCCAGUUUUUUCAGUGAGUGAUGAAAAAGUCAAGACUGAUGCUAGUAUUCUUGAUUUAUCACGGCAAUCACAUUUUGAUUGUGUUUUGUUUAUACUGCUGCAGUUAGCAUAAAUUGUCUACGAUAGUUAAAGCAAAUGUUGCAAACUUUUCUCACAACCCUCUAAGUUAAAAUUUUUGUUGAGUGAAAUGAUUCAGCGACCAACUCUUUGGGUUUAGUUGGCAGGGGAAAUUUUUAAGCACCAAAAAUAUUAAUAAAAAUUCAAAUAUGAAAAAUUGUUAUUAACAAAAGCAGUUGGUAAGUUUAACUUAAAAUGCAGUUCUGUUUAUAAAUUACUCAUUUAUUGUGUAAGAAAUUAUUUACCAAUAGUUUGAGAAUAUUAGGUUUACAGAUUUAUCUCCUGAAUCAACACUGAAGCGGAAUUUUAAGGAAAAUUACCUGUACAGGGCUUCCAGAAUUAUGCAUUUUUUCCCAGCAAAUUAUGGCUAUUUUUUGGCGAAUUAUGCACCAAAAAUCCCCAAUUAUGUGCAAAUUAUGCAAAUUUUUAAGCAUAUUUUUAAGCCAAAAAUUUUUAAUGUUCAAUUAAUUUUAUUAAGCUUGCAAAUCAAGUAAGUCAAAGUAAGUUAGUCAACAAAAACAACUUACUGAGUGAUGCUGCUAUGAUUUUUUCGGGGUGAGUGAGAUAAAGUCACAUGGUUUAUAGCUAAAAUAAAACAUAUCAGUGCAAAUAUGAUGAGCAACAAUGAUUUAUUACACCAAACGUAUUUCUCAUUCCUUCCACGCACUCAUGGCAGACUUUCACUAAAAUUAAUCUCUUCAUGAGCUGGAGUUUUGCACUUGAAUGAAGUCUUCAAUGUCUGUUGUUUCGCUCGCCUUGAAGAAGAUUCAUCCAUUCGCUUGAUGUGUUGAACAGCUGAAAGGUGCUUGUCAAGAACUGACUUUCGUUGGUGUUCCACAACAACAUCACAAGUUGAACAAAAUAGGAGAUUGUUUAUCUGCAUGGAACUUCCUGGGAUAUUGCUUAGCCCGCUGUUGUGGUGUACAUGGCUUUUUCUUUGGUUUUACUUUUAAUACAAACUUUAAAUCCAUUUUCAAAGCGAAAACACAGAAAGAAGUUGUUUUGCUGCCAAUUAAUUCGAAGAGGGGUGCUUUGUUGUUUUUUUUUUCAGACUUUUUUGGCAAAAUACCUGUUAGAAUCUUUCUUGAUAUUCUCUUGUGGGUUCAGGUUUUCUAAAGCGUCUUUUUGUGGCCUGACAUCUUCAUUCACGGCAUUUUAAAACUUCGUCGCCAUCUUGACACUGAGACGUACGGAAGGAUUGCCAUGUCAAUUUUGUAAUUUCACAUGUGAAAUUACAAAUUAACGCUGAAAUUUCGCGCCAAAAUUAAGGAGUAAUUUGUCACCUAUGAUAUCAUUAUUAUUAUUAUUAUUAUUAUUAUUAUUAUUACAUGUAUUAUUGAGCUAUUUUUUUGAAAAAAAAUCUCAUAUGUCAGUGGUGUGAACGUAUGUAUCUUCAUGGCUUUGUGGCUCCGUAUGUUUGUUGCAGGAGCCAAUAAGGUUGAAGGUACUAUGAGUUGAUGCUUAGGAACCAAUCAGAUCUUGGCAUCUAUUAAACAUAUGGUAUUGCCAAAGGUCAAACAAGGGCACUUUGAGACCACCAUGUUGAUUCUUCACAAUUUUUCAUCUUUUAUAAAUUAUUGCGGGUACAGGUGUUUGGAAGCAUUACAUUAAAAUUAAUAUCUUCAUGAUUCAAAUGCUGUGUACAGUGAUGCAGCUGUUUAAGGGUUCAUAUUUUAGUGUGGAUGCUGCUUCUGGACAUUUCUGACCUAACUCGGCUAUCGCGAAUGGUACUUCUGUCAAGGUACAUGUAUUGUAUAAAAGAUCAUUUAUUUUUAAAGCUCUUCGGGUGAAACAAUAAUUGAUAUUUAGAUAUGGACUUUAAUUCGAAAGUAUGCGGCCUAAUAAAUUGUGUUUUUAGAAGUUAUGAAGGCAUCUUACUUUUUUGAAAGCUGCACCGUGUACUGUUAAUCCUGUAAACAAGCUUUAUUCUCUCACUUACAUUUCAACAGACCUUUUUUGUUCCGGCAAAAAAAAAAACAAUUAAAAAACGACAUGAGCAAGUGAACAACAUGAUACACUGUACAUCCUUCCUGCUUUAACUAAGUGUUACAGUUAUUGAAACAUAUAUUAUUUAGUAAAGAUGCAUAACUUAAGUAGAAACAGUAAAGUUAGGAAAUAAAAUUGGGAGAAGCUAGUUGACACAAUAAUUAAUUUUAUUGAGUGGAAUAACAUGAUAUGAGGAGAAAUAUAUUUCGGCAGUUUGAUAAUUUUCUUGAAAGUUAACCAAUGUGAGGCUAUCAACCUUGACGUUGUAUGAAGCAUAAUUUAAUUGCACUGUAAAGCUGAUUUUUCGUUUGAGAAAAUUUUGUAGGAAACAAUUUGCGUUUAUUUUACGCACAAAUUGUAAAAGGGCUAAAAUCCAACAUCUUCAUGUGUAAAUUGUGGGCGUGAGUUAUUUUGAUAAUUCUGUUUACUUGAUUACUGUGUGAUAACUCGAAUUCCCUCACGUACAAACCACGAAAGGGGCAAAGUCGGACACUUUCACAUGCAAACUGUGUGAUUCUACAUCUCAUGCUGGUUUUCACAGUAACAAUUGUAACUUGAAUGUUUAAGAAGCAACAACUUACAACACUUUUAGAAUUAAGUCGUGAGGGUUAAAGACUGUUUUAUUACUUAAGUAGAAUCAUGCCUGACAACUUAACCUCGUGAAUAAUGAUGAUGCAACUAUUCUCAUUUGUGUAAAAGCCGCAGCGUGACGAUUUAAUCAACUAGAUUACUGCGUGCUCCCUUGUAAAGCAGUCUAUUGGUCCUUUACGGUCCCCAGGGAAUUCCCUAGGCCUUUUAUACGCCCUAGCAAACAAAUUUGCCGUCUUCUCGCAAGUCUGCUUUACAACGAGUGAGCAAGUUUCCCCACCCUCCUCCCCUUCAGUGGCGCUGGAAAAUUUUCUCUAUCAGCCCACCCUUUGCCUUAUGCAAAAUUUUUCACCCAUAACUUAUCCAUCAAAAGGCAUAAGGUGGCUUUUAUGUGAAUGUGAAUUAGUUACCAUCUAAAACAAUGAUGAAAAUCAUGACAUUUCUCAGCUAUUUGGUAUUCGACAAGUUUUAUUAUUUUAAGAAACCUUGAAACCUUCGAGUCUUCCCUCUAGGCAACGUUUGGUGAGUUGAUAUUCAUAGUACUCUGGCAAUUUGUUUAUUUUGCACCAGAUGUGAGAAGGAAAGACAAAGAAAAGUGAAUCUGUAGUAUGAGAAUCGAAUGAGCUAUAUGCAGUGGUUAUGUACAGCAAUACCCAAUUUCGCACAAAACGUAGCUUUAAUUUAGCUAGGAUUAAAACAGUAGAUUGCUGAUACUGUUACACUGAAGCAUUCAAAACAGCUCAUGCAUGAAAAACGUGCCUAUGUUUAUUGUACAAGUGUGUGAAGUUGAUUGUGUGACAUUUUGGUAUUGUUUGCUUACUUGUACACAUAAAACGUACCGCUAUCUGGGGGGUAUAUCGCCACUAGUAAAAGUGCUUUAUGCAUUGCAGCCUUUUCACUGUUUUUGUCUUAGGCUGCGUGCAAAUGGAUGCAACAUUGUUGACCAACAACUCCCAACAUUGUUGGAUGUUACAUGUUGCAUUUGUUUGCACACCCUGUUGCAUGUUGUUGGAUGUUGUUGCGUGUUGUUGCGCAAAGUUUGAAACUGGUCAAACUUUUCAGCCAACGACUCCCAACAUUUCUUUUGUUCCGUGAUCACUGAAGCAUGGUGCAACAAUGUUGGAUCCAUUUGCACAGCUCUUCCAACAUUGUUGGGGCCAUGCAUGCUCAUUACGCAUGGUUUACAAAGACUUAUGGGCUGUAUCCUUCCCAUGAUGCACUGCAGGUCCUAACAUUGUUGGGAGUUGUUGCAUCCGUUUGCACACCAUUGCCAACACACACGCAACAAUGUUGGGAGUUGUUGCGUGCGUUUGCACGCAGCCUUAGACUAGAGUCUACUUUUAAUACACAGUCUGGAUUCUCUGUUAAUGUCACUAUUCCGCUUGUAAGAUACGCAUGCAAACGUCACGCAAGUAAAUGACGCACGCAGGCUAAAUAAACAACAACUACAUGAUGGCGUAAUAAGGGGGGGACACAGCCCUGUGGCUGGUUAUAUAUAGCGACUUCGGGUUAUGUGCACAAAAUAACACAAGUCUUACUUAUCGCCCCACUACCGUGGGGUAGGACAAGAAUCUUGGCAGAGCCUUUCUUAUCUCCCUAGCGCCGCACGGGCUGGAUCGGACAAGAUUAAGGCAAAGGAAUAACUCAAAAGAUGGCAAGACACAAGCAAUGCCAAAAGCUUGGGGGAAGUCGCAAUGCAGACUUAACCGCACCACAGGGAGUAACCCAGCAAAAUUUAUUGAGACAUAACAUAACAACAACUCCUCCGAAGGGAGGGAGGGCGGGUAACAAAACUACUUUAAAUGAUUGCUUUCGUGCAAGCUAACCAAAUAAUGACUAGGAGUGGCAUUGGCAAAGCUUUAUAGUCAGACAGUGUCUCAAAGUACGGCCAAUAGGCACAGUUGUACUAUAAACCGUCUCAACUUAUCAUGAUUAAGGUCUAGCCAUGAAUAGCGCUGAAUAGGGCUUUGAAAACAGGGACCAAUCUUUGCGAAGCUAAGAAAUACACGAUGACAAACAUGCAACAAAUUAGUGAGGUUCUAGCCACGAAAAGCUUUUGUUUUCUGCUUAAAGAAUAGAGUGCUUUCAUUUAAUGAAUCUGGCUUUCAAUAUAUAUCACCGAGCCUAAGACGGGGCAGGCUUUCUCGGCCUACCCCCCCUGGGGCUUCAUGCUCCAUUAACUGCAUUUACCCGCUGGUAAAUGUCUCAUAUAUGCUGGGCCUGUAGUUUUCAGUUUGUGCAUGGUCUGCAUUUUACAGUGACUACAGACUCAAUAGUCGAUUAUGUAUAACCCACCCAGUAGCUGUGGCUCAAAUCUGGGAUUGAAUGCAGGGUUGGCAGAUAAAAAAAUGUCACUUAUUAAUGUCGCCACAUCAUGCCCAUGACAUUUGAGACACAGGUACAGUGGAACUUUGUCUAAUACAGCCACCUCGUAAUACUGUCACCUCGUUAAUACAGCCAUAUUUUUUUUUGGGCACGCCGCAAAACUGCCAUACAUUUUCUUGUAAAAAACCCUCAUUAAUACAGUCACCCGUUAAUACGGCCAAAUUUUUUGGUCCAUUUGUGACUCUAUUAAAGGGGUUCCACUGUAAUGAGAACCAACCAAUUAAUGCAGACUUUACAUACACCAUCGUAUCAAUCAUAAAGAGCAUUUUAUGGACUGUGUGACUGCGAGAUGCGGUUCGCAAGUCCAACCCACAAAAAUGACCCUUGCUCGCCAACGAGUCUUCAGUAGCUCAGAGGUCAGAGCAUCCGAUCUAGAACACGGAGGGUCGUGGGUUCAAAUCCCAUCUGGGGCUCAGAUUUUUUCUGUGUCCUCUUAUGGUUGAUUCUUUACAUCUCCCUUUAUUUCCUUUAUAAAGAGCAUUUUCCAUGGUAAAAAAAACUGUAGUAAAUUUAUUAUGGGGUCAGUUUAUGGUACUAGCAUGUGGUUACACAUGAAUUAAUCACCAAGGUAAAUAAGCCACUGUUAAGUCUUCAUUCAGGCUUUGGCGGUUAUAAUCGUGGUCGAUUAGAGCAGGAUUUAAUGUUAUGUUAAAAACAUUAUGUUUUGCAGAUUUAAGGAAAAUUCCAUCAGGUUAUAUCAGUGCUGAUAAUUUAGAAAGAGGUAUGUAUCUUUUUUUUUUUUUUUUAAAUUUAGGCCUUAAAUUCCAUUGUACAAUCCAGCCCCCCAUUUUAGCCUGAGUAUCAGGCCUUCCUAAGGGGCUAGGGGAGAGGAGGUUUAGAUGGAGGCGGGGAAGAAGAAUUCUCUCCUUCAGCUCUCUCCCUUUUUCGCUUUCAUCUUUCCCCUUUUCCCCCAGAAACUCCUGAUACUCAGGCUAGCCCGUUUCAAAUAUCCGUCAGGGAUUAUGGCAUAUUUUUGGUAAAUUAAGCGGCCCAAAACACCCGCUGAAAUAUUUCUCUGUUACUUUCAUCUAAGUGUGAAAUCUGUCAUGUCAGCAUUGAUAUUUCCUGAAACAUCACAAAAAAAAACCCAUUACAUGUGAACAAUUUUCUUUGUUGUUGUCUAUUAAAUGAAGAAUCUUAAUUGGCUUUCUUGCCUUUGGUAUCAGAACAUUUGUACAUGUGGCAUUUGUCCUUGCAAUGGUCACUCUCACAAAUUUGCUGGUGUCGUCAAUUCCCUUAAAUAAGUUUGUUUUGCUUGACUGACUGCACGUUUUUGAAGAACCCCGUUUAACAAAAAAAAACAAACCUAAAAGUCCAAUUUUUUGUACACCUCAUACAAUGCUGUGGUUCAAUUUUCUCCUCAUAAAAUACUCCCCAGUGCUAGUCCACUUUUCUUAACUUCAUGAAAAUUCCAGUGGUUAAUUAUCAUGAACAGAAGCUUUUUUUGACUUCUGUGACCUUGCUGUCUCCAGUGGGUGAACCUGUGAACACUUUAUGCUAACACCUGUACACCAGUGCAUUUAUGUUAGUGAGUUCAUCUCAGCUCUGCAUGCACCCACGUACAUGUGUGUAUCUUUCAUGCACCAUGAGAUUGAGAAAACCUUUUCAUAAAUGGUUGCUGUUAAAACUUCUGUUGGCUAACUCGAGGAAACGUUGGUACAAAUAUUAAACACUCUCUUGGAUGAAAAUUACGUACUCGGAACACGAAAAUGUUGUUUAGCAAUUUAAACCCAUGGUUCGUACAAUCUUGAAAAGGUCUGGAAUUUUGCUAGUCGUCUUGAAAAGUCCUUGAAUUCAAUUUUGGUCCUUGAAAAGUACUUGAUUUCUUUAUUAGGUCUUGAAAAGUCCUUGAAAUAUAUUCACAACCUUGUCUACUCCAGACACCUUUUUUUUCCCUUUUCCGAGGAAAAUUUGGCUCACCCUCGGUUUAAGAACUUGUAAAACUCACGGGAAGCGUGUAAAACAUUUUUGUGCCUGAACAAUAUUUUAUUUCAGUUUCUUUAUUUCAAAUGCUAUUUCUGUAUCUCAGAUGCAAUCGCAAGUCAUACCCAUGCCAGUCAUUUUGCAAAGUCUUGUUUCGGAAAGUAGCAUAAAAUAAUGUGAUCAACAAUGGCCGAAGAAGUAAAAAUAGUAAAAUAUGACACCAUGAAAGAAUGUCGAUUUAUGAAAUAAAUUUUAGUCAAUGAAAACUGUAAUUUGUCCUUGAGAAAUCCUUAAAAAGUCCUUGAAAUUUGUUUGUCUGAAGUUGUACGAACCAUGUUAAAACGAUUAAAUGAAAAACGAUUGAACCAAACUUAAUGGUAAACAGAAUAUUCUUGUUUAGCAUGUAUAAUUUUCACCAAGACCGAAUGUGUUGACAGAAGUUUUCUUUUGCAAAAGUUGUUCCAGUCUACAUCUAGUAUGUAGCCUCGUCUGCUGCAACUUUGAGGAUCAACUCUAGAUCUACUGCUUGGCAACGUCUUCUGCAGUUUGUUUUUGCUCUGUGGUCUUACUGCCAAAUGUAGACUAAGUCCAGGGGAUAUUAUAUCAAUAUCUGACUGUGAUUUUUUGAGCUGUGUUGGUACAUGUACAUGAAGAAAGCCUGCUAUGGCCUGAAUAAGAAAUUGGAAGACUUGCAAACUUACAAUUUAUUUGCCUGUGUUUACUUAGUACAUUUUAGUGUUUUUGAAACCUGAUUUUUGGUGUUUCAAAUUAAUCAACGUUGAUAGAUGUGGGUGUCACUAUCCCCCAUGUUACUAUCACUAUUCCAUCCUUUUCAAGUAAAGAAGAAUUUAGACCUGAAAAAAUUUUCUCAAGUAUUAUUUACAAGUAAGUAACUACUGAAAUCAGAAUUAUAUCUUGUGUAUCUUACAACGUAUCUUAAACAUUUUACCCAGGUAUAUGGGUGGUAUUUUUUUUUUGUCAUAGUCAAAUGCACUUUCUUGACUUCUCAAUGUAAUUCAUAGAACCCAAGUAAAAAUUUAUGGUAGGACACUGUUUUACGUCUCCUACCUCUACAUGGGUUCUGAAAACAUUUGGGUACAUGUGAAGACAAAGAGGAGACAAUUCCAAUAAGCUUACAACAAACAAGCCAUGUCUCCUAUACGCGCCUUAUACAUCUAUCAUGGCUCAUUUGGGUUACCACACCACGCUCAUACAUUGUUUGUACUACAAGCAAAACAGUCAUUUCCACAUGGUCAUCUAAACUAUGUGAAGGUCCAGUCAUUUGUAGGGCAAAGCCAGUACCAAAAUGUUUAUGCUGGUACAUCAUUAUUCAUGUAAAACAGUAUUCUGCACGAGAAUGACCAUUUAUUUUACAAGGAUAAAGAUUUUGCAGUUUGAUAUUUUGAUACAUUGUAAUAAUAAUUUCUCAAGGUCCGACUGAAGUGAAAAUAUAAGUUAUCAGCCAGCCAUUUUUAAUGAGAAAAAUGCUUUCCAGCAAUAAUACAGAGCUGUACUUGUUGGACACCUCAAAUACCCAAGUAUACCCAACUUCAUCCUUUGAUUUCCUUUUUCCUGGCGAAUUUCCAGUGUUUGUUUGAUGUUAACACAACUGCAUCGUUUUUGUAUAGUUCUAUUGCAGUGACUGUGAUUCAAGUUACUUCUUAGGCAUCCUGUGAUGUCCAAGCUUACAGAGGUAAUAACAACUUAGCGUCAUAGCCCCUUUUGUAAAUACUAUCAUUUUAGUGUACUAUCUUGUUAGUAUAGGUGUACGCGGUGCCACAGUGUGCAUUUCAACUAACAAGUUAGCACGUGUCUUUAUAACAUACAUGUAUCACGCUUAUAUCACACUUGUGAUAAUGCCAAUUGAAAAAGUCACGUUUUAGUGCAGGAAUGGUUCUUCCAUGCACUGUACCGAGCAUAUUACUUAACCGAACCAAACCAAAUCUUUGAGAAAUCUUGGAUCUCAUGGUUUUUACAAAAUGAUUUUUAGAUCUAUUUCUUCUGAUUUCAUACACUCAACACAUGUCACGAAAGCUUGAGCAAAAUUGGGAAUGGUCGAACAAAACCUUCCUUAAUACAUGUACUUGUCUCUGAGCCUGUACUUCAGGUGAAGAUUUUUAUUUCCAACAAUAACCUGAACUAGGCCUGAGGAGAUACAGGGAGUUUGGGCCCAAAACUGCAUUUUUUGGACAAUUUUCCCCCUUGAAAAUUAGGUUUUUGCGCGGUGAAAAUUUCAAACAUGCAAACAUUUAAAACAAACAUUUAAAACUUUGGUAAUACAUCAUAGCAAGUCAUCUUCCUUUUCUUCGUCAUCAUCAUGAUCUUGUUUUUUUAGAGCUCCUAGCCUGGUCAUUGUCACUUAGAAGGGGGAAAUGUUUUUGAGACAUUUUUGACCUCAUUUUUUUCUCACUUGUAGUACUGUAGCACUCCAGUCUUUGUCUUGUUACUUUUGACCAAUAAAUUGUUGGCCUUUGGGACGUGAAAUCGACAAGGUUUAUCUGCUAAUCUUCGUUUAGGGUAGGCGUGUUUAUUGCUGGUUUUCAACCUUGCUCCUGAAGCCAUCAUUAUUCUUAUCUUGAUGUUUUCUGACGGACAAAACGUUACCUGAAAUUUUCAAACUGUAAUGAAGAUAGUAGUUUCGUGUCCUUACUUCAAAGGUCAUUCAGUGAAGUAAUCUCUUUCUGCUAAACACUUUAUGAUCUCACUUGAAACUGCGGUGAAAUUUUAGUUUGCUCUUAUUGGCUAAUUUUUUAGUGCCAAUGUCUCUCUCCUUUACAGAGUCCUUUUUGGGCCCCUGAGAGGUUGGGGAAGAGGAAGAGAAAACGUGCAGAGGAUAAGGGUGAAGGGAAAGAGGAGAUUUCCAUUCUUGUUUAAUUCAAGAGGGGGGCCUCUGCGGAAGAGAGCGGCACCAAAUAGCCUGAAAUAAUUUUUCAAGCUGUUACCCAGACCCUUCAUAAGAGAUGGACACUACUAUGCGAGGGGCUCCUGCAUUAAGUAAUCAAACUUACCCUAUUUCUUUCAUUAGCAUUUGCCACCUCCCAACACAGCAUCUGCAUCACAGCAAUGCCAAGGAAGCAGUUCAAGCAACCCUUCCAGCAACAAAUUGAGAGUUACUCUGUUAAGCAGUGAAUGGAGGUCAACAAAAGGAGGCUUGUCAACCAUCAACCGAGAGCUGGCCAUUCAGUUGGCGAAACAAUCCAGUGUGGAGGUCAGUGUUUAUGUUCCUCAUUGCAGUGAAGAGGACAAACGAGUCGCUGCAAGUCACAAUGUCCAUCUCAUUAAAGCAGAAGAAAUGGCAGGUUUUGAUGACCCAGCUUAUUGGUUGUCCUCUCUACCACACGAUCACGCUGUGGACUGCGUGAUAGGUCAUGGGGCCGUUCUUGGUCGGCAUGUGCAGUUUAUUAAACUUCAUCGUACUUGCAAGUGGAUUCAGGUCGUUCAUACAGCUCCUGAAGAGCUUGGUAUGUACAAAUCGUAUGCAGAUGCCAUUUCUAGAGGUGCAAAAAAGCACCAGGCUGAGGUAAAACUCUGUGAAAAAGCUGAUCAAGUUGUAGCUGUUGGACCUAAGCUGGCUGAAGCUUUCUCAAGUUAUCUUCGUGCUUGUGGAAAGGAUCAAGAUGUUUUAAAUCUUACUCCAGGUAUCUUCUCUGAGUUUGCUUAUGUAACGCAAGCAACGGAAGAAAGAAAAACAUUUAAGGUUCUUGUGUUUGGACGUGGUGACAAUGAAGAUUUUGAGUUGAAGGGGUAUGACAUCGCUGCUAAAGCCAUUGCCUUGUUGAAGGACGAUCCACAGCCCUAUAAUCUUUUGUUUGUUGGUGCAAGGGUUGGAGAAGAGGAGAAAGUAAAGAAUAUGUUGCUACACCAUGGCAUUGAUCGCAGCCAAUUAAGUGUUCGUUGUUUCAAUGAAAGCAGAGAGCAGUUAGCCCGGUUGUUUUGUGAAGUGGAUCUUGCUAUAAUGCCAUCACGAACUGAGGGCUUCGGGCUUACCGCCCUUGAGGCUUUAUCCGCCGGUCUACCUGUGCUGGUCAGUGGGAAUUCGGGUCUUGGAGAAGCUUUGAAAGACGUUCCUUAUGGUGCAAGUUGUGUGGUGGAAUCAGAACAUCCUAAAGAUUGGGCAUAUGCAAUCAGACGUGUUCGGAGGAAAAAGCGGACUUUGCGACUUAGGGAGUCAAGUGUUCUUCGAGAAGAAUAUGCAACGAUGUACAAGUGGCAGGAUCACUGUCAUAUGCUUACAGAAACAAUGCGUAACAUCUCUCGAGGUAAGAAUGUAUAACGGAGACAUGAGAUGUCUUCGCUACAUUGUAUCAGGAGUUUAUCGCAAAACGUAGAAGAAAAUUGUGGGACAUGUAAAAGGGAACCAUAAUCACAGGGACAUAAGAGGGAUGUAUCUCGGUAACAUGCAUAUGGGAUGUAUAAAAGGGAUAUAUGGGAGGGAUAAGUUUUGAAAUGUACAGACAGGGGUGUUUUAGUGUGACACGUACAUGUAAGAGAGAUGCAUAACAGAGACAUGUAACACUUACAGGGGUGCAUUCCACGUGCCGUUAAGGGGAGACAUAAGAGGACACUGAAUGUGGCACAGUAAUGAGCUAGUACUAGAAGGAUCGCAGUUCAGCUCGAGGUGCUUUUUCCUAAUCUCUUCCUUUGUCAAAGCCUUGCCUCUAUUCACAAUACAAGCUUGAUUCCUACAUAUUCAUAAGAGCUCGAGCUUGUUAUAGGUUAACACAACUGGAGGUUUGUUCCACCUGCACCCUUUGUUGUCUGUUGUGGAGAGGUGUAACUCCACUUUUCUAGACUUCAUGACUUCUUGUAUAAUACAGUCAACCCCCUAUAUUGCAGACCCUGUAGGGACCUUGAGUUAGAGUCUUCAUUAGUGAGCGUCUGUAAUAGCGGGAGUUUAUUUCAGUCAAAUGUCUAUAAUAUACUUUUGCCUGGGAUUUAGCUGCUGUCCGCGUAAUCGGGAUGUCCGCAAGGCAAGAGUUGAUUGUACUUGCCUGCGCUUGCUUGAUUAGUUUUCUGCUAGCUCAGAUCAUUGUUCAGACACUUGGUACUCUGUACCACCGUUCUUUCGAACAAAAUGAAGUAAUUCCUAACUUCGCCUAUGAAGCAGGAAUCAGUCACUCAACUUUCUUGUCCUUAACCGUUAAGAAUCGGCCAAACCAUUGGACACUUCUUUUUCAAUUCUUAACAAGACGCUGUGGGAGCGUAUAUUUGGGUUACGAUGUACUAGGCGUGUGUGAAAUUUUUAUGUGUGUGUUAGGGAUGUGUGAGUAGUGUAGUAGCGUUGCAUAUUUUAGGGGUUAGUCGAGAUGUGUGGAGUGGAAGGCGUGGAGUUAUAGUGGACGUGAAUUGGUGAGAUAAUGGCUGUAGUUUGUUAAUCAGUGAAACUUGUUUCUCGUAGAAUUACAUUUGAAGUAACCAAAAAUUAUUAUUUUGGGAGGUAAAAGUGAUUUUAGGUGUUGCAGUGAGGUAGUUGUGGAAGUGCUAAUUCGGUUAUGAAGGGACAUUGUAGUUACAGUGUGUUGAAAUGAAGUGGUGGUUGUGAAAAGUCCUAUCAAUAGUCGAAAACAUACUUGUACCUAUUGAAAACGUUGUUAAGUUUUUACUUCGGCGGAGUGCAAAGUAAAGGAUCCGCGACGCUCAGGAAUGUUGAUAUUUUUGGGACAAGAUUGGGCACGCAGAGUCUGUGGGUUUUCAGUUUUAUUCGGCUAUUUGACGAAGUGAGAGCCGAAUUAGUUCGAGAUAUCUCGAGAUCACUUCGAUUUCUUUGAUUUAUUCUUUAACUUAUCCGAGGAAGAAAGAAUUAUUAUUUGGGAGUGACCCAAAUAAAGUAAUCGUAAUGUCUUGUUUUGACGCAAAUGUGCAAUAAGCACGCAAUACGUGCUAACGUAAACAAGGCAAGUAAACAAGCGAAGCAAGGCGAAUGUCUGCCAUUCGAACGUCUUGUACAAGGAAAGAGGCAUGUGGGAAAAAAAGCUUUUCUAGCACGGCACUUUAUCGCACUUUUACGAUUUUUACCUCAUCGAAAUUUGGAAGUCUGAAGUCCAGGGAUAAAAUCUAUCAAAAAUAUUUGGAAUAUUAACAUCAGGUUUUGGUCACAGUAAGAUCACAAGCAACGAACAUUGAGACAGAAACUCACAAAACGGUUCGAAAUCCAUCAAUCAAAAAUCACAAACAAUGACGUUUUGAACCCGUUGAAGUAAACUUUUGUUUCCUAAGAGGUCCCCUAAGAUGAUUGGCGUCUGACAUUUUUUUAACGAGAGGAUCGAAAUGCACCAAUCGUAGAAAGACAAUUUUAAUUGCAUGAUUCCUUAGGGGUCAUCUAAAUUUGCUGUUUUCUUUAUUGUAUAUGCAUUUUCUUGUCCUUAUUUUGUGAUUGAUCGAUUUUGUUACGUCGAGUGGAUAAUCCAAUGAGGGACGAUUUGGUUUUCGUUUGAUCCGAAAUUUUUCAAAGGGGCAGCAAGAAGUGGUUUGGAUGAAAUUUGGUGAUGCUGUUUCGAGGAACGUGUCAAUAUAUUGUUGAAGUAUGUAAUCAUGCCUUAAACUUACAAAUGCACAUACUGUUCGCAGUCGGCCCACACUAAAAAAUGACACUAAGCGUUUUCGGAAUGGGCUGGUCCGCUAACUCAAAGGAAAACAAAUGAAAUUCUCAAGACAUUCGGUGACAUCAAAGACUCAUAGACGCAAUGACAAAUCGCAAUAUCAGGGGUGUACGUGUGAAAUGGAUAAGAGUUUGAAGAGAGGAAUGUGUAUCAAGUUUGAGAGUCGGAAGAUUUGUAUCGCUGGUAAUCAUUUUGACAACAGUGAUUUGGAUAUUCACAAUGCGGAAGACAAGAAACUGCCUGAUUGAAGGACGAGACGAUUGUCAACAAUUGAAACCAAAAGGGAGUCAUCCUUCUUUUGUAACUACUGUUAUAGGGGGGAGGGCUGAAAUUUUGUGUGCGUGCUCGGGAGCUUUGAAAAAGCGGUGAAGUCAGGGGAAAGCGUAAAAUCUGGCUAUAGAACUUAGAGCCUGAUUGAGCCGGGCUGGCUCGCUUUGCAGAAAACCCGGCACCUUGGUUAAACGCAACAAAUAUCAACUUUGCGAUCGUAUAACAACCGAGCCAACCCAGUUAACUGGGAUCCCAGGUGCAAAUUUUCCAAGUAAUCACGCUUACUGGGCGACCCGGCGAAUCAACCAAGCAAAAAACAGGACAGUAGGCAACACACUGUUCGUUCGCAUUGCUUAGAACGCGGUUUGCACGUGAAGAUGUUGGACUCUGCCCCUUUUACGGUUCGACUGUGAAAGAUUGCAACUUGUUUACGAGGUCAUUUUGCUUAAUAAGAUUUUGAGAAAUCACCUCCUUUCCGGAAAUAUGUAUUGAAAUUAUACAUCAGUCAAUGUUACCCUUAAUUAUCUCAUGCACGAGAUCAUGGAAUUUGCGUGACAUUUUCUUUGGCGCUUGACAACUGAGAGCAAAAAUAUAAUGAAACUCUUGGCAAUAAGCCAAACCAUUCACACCAUGUGCUGUGAGGACGAUUAUUUUCCAAAUUAUUUAAUGGUUUGUCUCACUCAGUGUACCUUGUUUUUCCAAGUUUGUUUUCUAUUGCAAAUUUGUUUGCCGUGCGUUAUGUAACGAAGAUAAAUGCUGUGUCGUGACACAGUGCGCGGCAGACAUUCGCGCCGCUUGGCUUGUUUACGUUCGCACGUAUUGCCUGUCUAUUGCAACUUUGAAUCAAAACAAGCGAACUCGAUUACUCUGUUUGGGCGACGCCCAAGUAAAAUGAUAUUGUUAGCAUCACGUACAUUUUGCAUUUUACGUUGGAUGCUAAUCAGUUCUUAUUAGUGAUUUAUGCCAAAUUUCUUUAAUUGGAACGGUGCUUACAGGAAGAAAAAUUUGCAGUGAACGUUUAUUUAUUUAUUUAUUUAUAUAUUUAUUUGUGUUUACAGGAGAAAAUCUCGAUGUCGUAACUGAUUGUGACGCCUGUGAACAAGAGGGAGCUUCAUCAACCGAAAAUGGUAAUCAGUAAUUGUAACGGUGCUUACAGUAAGAAAAAUUUGCAGCGAAAGUUUAUUUAUUUAUUUAUUUCUGUUUACAGCAGAAAAUCUCGAUGUCCUAGUUGACUGUGAGGCCUUUAAACAAGAAGAAGCUUCACGUACCCAAAAUGUUAAUCGGGAGGAAAAUGCCGUUGAAAAAAGAUAUCCCUCUUCACAAGAGAUUGUGAAUCUUAUUGCAGAAAAGUAUAUUCAGACAAUUGACCCCUCUAAUCCAGAGGGGUUAAAUGCUUUUCUUGAGUAUAUGGAAAAAGUGCGCCAAACCAUAGUUAUCGAUGUGAAGAAGGGAAGCUUGAUAAUCACAGUGCAGUGUCGCUCACUGCGUAUUCUCGACGAACUGUGGGAAGACUAUUGCACAGGCCAUCUAAAAGAAGUGGCACAGAGGUGCCUUGUCACAGAGGGGGUUCUAAAAGAAUUGGGUGUUGAGGCCGUACAACUUACGGUGACUAUCAAUGAAGAGGAGUACAGGGCUUAUCGAAAGUACUUAUUGGGGCAUGAAGGUGGGUAUGAAAAAUAAUUUGACUCAAUAAUUUCUUUACGCCUAGUAAUUUAGUCUAAACAGUAAGACUGAAAAUUGCCUAAAACAGGAGUUUGCCCCUUAGUCGCAGUCGUUUUCCGUUCGUUUACUCCAUCUCUGUCAGAAUGAAAAGUGCAUAACUUGCGCCCAAUUCUGAGAUGAUUGAGGGAACAGGAAACCCAAAAUUCCUUCAAAGUUUGCAAAAGCGCAGUGCGAUACAAUAAAUUUAGGCUUUUGAAGGUUACUUGUACUGAUAAAAGUACGGUGAGAUUUGUCACUUAAUUCAGUAAAAUCUCUGUAAAGCUUUCUCUUUCCACCGGCUUGACAAAUAGGCUGUAAUAUGCAGGCGGCAUUGCAAUAAAGUUGCUUACGCCAUUCAAACCAGUAGGGCUGUUAAUGCUGAUGCUUUCAGUACCGGUUACGGAGGUCAACGUUUUGCGUUGUUCUCGAUUCUGAACGAUCAUUUCAUCACUACUACUACCACUGCCAGUGCCACUACCACUACCACUACCACUACCCCUGCUACUGCCGAUGCCACUGCUACUACCACAACCGCUGCCACUGCCACUACCAUGUCUUGACUUGCGUUACAUGUUGUAACUUACCUACCGGUGUUGAAAGUUUUAUCUACGAUUAUUAGUUUCCGAAUUUUGAACAAUCGGACAUUUGAGAUUGUUGAGAAAGAAUGCGUGGUUUGGGAAUCAUAAGGGAACCGAGAUCAGGGUGUGAGCGAGGGAGAUUAAAACUGUGUCAAUUCAACCAAUUGUGAGUUCUUUUUUCGUUGUUACCGAUUCCCGACAAAAAGUGACGACCCUGCCGAGACCGAUUCUCAAGGAAAUCGUAACCUGGAGUUCAGUUCACGUAAAGAAUACAACGCAGCGAACAGACCACGUUUGUAAGCAAUGUGACGGAGCUUGAACAAGCUUUGAAGAAGAUAGACUCUAAAUUACGCUUGUUGAAAUUUACGCGAGAUGACGUACGCAGAAUCCAAGAAAAGAACGAGUUAAAGGUGGCGGGGCGAUUGCAAAAAGCCCUGGAGCAACAGAUAGGUAGCGUUCACGAACAGUUAAUAGAAAUUAGGCGCUAAAAACAGGAAAAGGAGAUCAACCCGAAGACAUGCGUAAAUGGAGUCUGGAGAUAGAAAAGCAAGUCGCAGAGUACGAACAAAUCACAGAGGAUGCGAGAAGAACGGUAAAGAGUCUGCGUGAAGGGGCCUUUCUAGAAGCGAAAUGAGAAGAUAAAAAAAGGCUAAGAGGAGAAACGCAAAUGGCGAUUCGAAGAAGAGCUAAAUUAUAAGAAGAAAGGAUGGAGAUUAAGAGAGAAUUUGAGAAGAGACUUGAGGCGGAUGGAAGCAAGUCUGCGUAGGAAAGCGGUGCGAAAUUACCCUAAUUAACCAUCUCGAAGUUUCGAGGUACCCAUUUGGAUUGGCUACGGUUCUGGAACCAGUUUUAAACCGACAUUGAUAAGGCUGCAGUUACCCAAGUAGCAAAGUUUUCGUAUCUGAAAGAGCUGCUUAUUCCAAGAGUGUCGUAUCACGAGAAGUUGCGAUAAGUGUAAUGGCAGACAUCACACGUCAAUCUGUGACAAAGAACAGCCACAGUUGUUGCUAACCACUUAUGAAGAUACAGUUAUCUACCCAGUGGUGGUCGUCAGUGUGGAUGGGAUAACUUGCCGAACAUUAUUAGACACGGGCGCUAGUAGUGCAUAUGCCUCAGCAUUACUAAUCGAGAACUUUGCAAAACAACCAUCAAGAACAGAGCGUAAGAGAAUAAACAUGAUGAUGUACUCAACCACCUAGAAAAUAGAGCAGUAUGACGUGAAAAUUUCAAAUAUUCGAGGAAAGUUUGAGAUGGCAACAAAAGUGAGCAAGGUGGGCAAAGGUGUUCUGCUGUCAAUUCCAAAUCCUCAGUACACUGAUAAGAUCAAGGUGUUUCCGCACCUUGCGGGUGGGACCAUGGAUGAUGAAGCUACAUACUAGGAGCUAGUGAAUACUCAAGGAUCAAGACACAUACCAAGCUGGAGGUUGGAAAGGCCGGUGAACUGAUUGCAGAACUAACUACACUGGGCUGGACAAUGAUGUCAGCAGACUACGAACAGCUGUGUAGUCUAGACGUGCUGGGCCUAGAAGAUAGAGCAGACAGGAAUCAACAGUGUGUAUUUGAAGAGUUUAAAGAACAGCUAAGACAAAGUGCGAAGGGUUGGUAUAAAACAGGCUUUCUGUGGAAACAUGGGCACGAACUCCUACCAAACAACAAUGAAGGAAGCCUUAGAAGACUUGAAAACCUGGGCAAGAAACUUCAAAGAGAGCCGAAUGUCCUAGCUCGGUACGGUGACGUAAUUCAAGAUCAGCUGGCGACUGGGAUCGUAAAGCGAGUGACGUCAGAACCAGUAGGAAGAGAGUGUUAAAUACCACAAAAGUCCGUAAACAGAGAAUCAGCAGAAUCCACUAAACUUAGAAUUGUGUAUAACCCUUAAACCAACGCUAACGAGAAGAAUCCGUCCAGGAUCGAUUGCUGGGAAACAGUAUUGCUCUUCAGAACCGCCUUUGGGAUGCGCUAGUUUGUAACUGCCUUUAACCGAUAGAAUUAGCUGGUGACCUCAAGCAAGCAUUCCUCCAAGUGCGCAAGAUCGAGACGUCCUGCGGUUCCUCUGGUUCAAGGACACAACGAUGUUUGAAGUUGAAGUGUUAAGGUUCACCCCGUGCUUUGUUUGGCCUUGUGCAAUCGCCAUUAUUUCUGGAUGGGACGCUGCAAUAUCAUCUGAAAAGUCUGAAAGGAAGAUACCCAAAGGAAGCGGACAAUAUCCUGAAGAGCCUAUAAGUUGACAAUUUGACAACUGGUGGAGAAACAACAAAUGAUGUGUGCCAUUUGAAGAACACAGCUGUUGCAAUUAUUGGUGAAGCAGGUUUCGAGCUCCACAAGUGGCACUCCAACGAACAAACUUUAGAAUCCGAAGCAAGCAGUGAGCAAGAAGAUGAAAAGCAAAGUUAUGCAAAGAAACAACUUAGCGUUAAACCUGGCGAGACCAAGAUGAUCAGGCUACCUUGGGACAUGAUGGCAGUAACCUUCCCCGCAGCCCCCCUGAAGUGACGAAAGGAGAAACUAUACGACUCCUUGCGUCCAUUUAUGAUCCAUCAGGUAUUGCCUCACCAGUUUCCCUCGUGGGGAAGAUUUUAUCCCAAGAUAUAUGCGACCAGCGCAUAUCAUGGGAUGUGCGAGUACCCAAUAAAUUAGCAGAACGAUGGAACAAAUUCGAGAAGAGCCUAACAAACAUGGUACAAGUUACGAGUAGUCUAGCAGCAUUUUGCGAACCCAUCUGAACGAUAGAUUUACAUGCGUUUGGAGACACCAGUGGUGCAGGAACAGGUGUCACAGUGUAUGCAAUAGUUCAUCAACCCUCCAGGACGCGACAAAUCAAAGUUUACUCGUAGCGAAUUCCCAUCUGGCGAUACCAAGAUUAGAGUUGGUGUCGGCGCACAUGGCCUCAAAUCUCGAAGGGAACGUGAAAGACACCUUUGAAGGCCAGCCCAUAAGAUCAGUUUAUGGAUGGUUGAAUAGCACAUUGGCCCUACAUUGGAUUAAAGGCACAAGCAGUAUCUAUAAGCAGUUUGUUGGUAACAGAGUAAGCAAGAUAAAGGAAAAGGACUACAUUACCUGGAGUACAUGUCAGCACCCACCAGAACCCCGCAGAUGCAUGGAGCAGAGGCUGUUACGGAGCCAAGUUGGCCAACUUAUGGCUGAAAGGGCCUGAAUCGUUAGCGGACCCUGAAAGUUGGGCAGCAGAAAUUCUAACUGAGCCAAGCAAGGAAACUGAGGCGGAAGCUAAAUUGACUAAGGAAGUCUUCGGCACUGUUGCAGAGACCAAGAAUGAUCUAGAUAAGACCUUGAAAAAACACAGCUUCUGGAAGACAAUGCGAGUGACAGUAUGGAUUAUGCUUUUUGUACGAAACUGUAAGCAGAAGAAAUCAGAGCGACUUGCUGGCCCGUUGAUCACACCUGAGCCAUCCAAGGCAGUCCAUUGGUGCGUGAAAAGAGCACAAGAAAGCAACAUGGGGACAGAGAAGUUCAAGCAGGAUCAGUUAAGUCUGAAAUGUGCGAGAUAUCUCCGUCGUUGCAAAAAUGUGCUAUGGUCCCGAUGGACAGGGGAGUACAUCAGGAGCGUGAGAGGAAGGCAUAACCUCAACCAUAACAAAGGUGGACCACCCAUUGAGCAAGGAGACGUUGUUCUAAUACAGAGUGAUGAGCGUAACAGGGGCAAGUGGAACAUUCGCGUUGUGGUGAAGUUGAUCAAUGGAAGAGAUGGGAUCUUCUGAGGAGCAAGAUUGAAGGCAGGCAAAUCCUUCCUGGAACGAGCUAUUUCAUAGUUGUGUCCUAUGGAGCUAUCAUGUGAUUGUUUCAAGGAACCGGAAGUUCCAGUACCUAACCCAUGCGCCAGAGUGACAAUUCCUAGGGCAGCUGCUAUUGCAGCAGUAAAGAACAUUAAGGACAUUGAAGAGCGGGGAAAGGAAAUGAAUUGAACAUUUGAUUGAUGUUUGAUUCUGAUUUUCACUUUAUAGUAUUUGACACCUGCGGUAUCAAAUAGGGAGAGAGUGUCUUGACUUACGUAACAUGUUGUAACUUACCUUCCAAUUUUGACGGUUUUAUCUCGGACUAGUUUUUGAACUUUGAACAACGGACAUUUGAUAUAGUUAAGAAAGAAUGCAUGAUUUUGGAAUCAUAAGGGAACCAAGAUCAGGGUGUGAGCGAACGAGAUUAAAAUUGUUUCAAUUCAACCAAUUGUGAGUUCUUUUGUCAGUGUUGCCGAUUUCCGACAGCCACUGCCACAGCAACUGCCACGGCUACUACCACUACCACUGCCACUACCACUACAACUACAACUACCACUGACACUACCCCCGCCACUGCCACUACAACUACUGCCACUACCACUACCACUGCCACUACUACUGCUACUACCACUACCACUACCACUGCCACUGUGACUGCGUCUACCACCCAUCACUAUCAUUUCCUCUUAAACGAAAUUAACAAUUCAAAGUAUAACAACAGCCAGGUUAUGAUACACCAUAUCCACAAAAUUUUGUGGGGAAAUCAUGAAUCACAGCCUAACGGUAAAACUUUUUUAUUUAUUUAUUUAUUUUUUUUCAGGAGUUGUCACAUCAUUUGCAAGUAUCUCCAUCACUGAUGACAUGCCAACUGUUUCAAAUUUGGAUGCCAUCCAAUCUGAAGAAGAACAGACUUCACUUUUUGAUGACGCUCUUCCCACAGCUACUCAGGUAGAUAUAGAACAAAUAAGUAAACAACUGACAUUGAAGCUUGCGUUGAAAAUGAGAAUGUGAAAUGUAAAAUAGUUGAACUAUACAUUUCUUAGCUAUAGAUUUUUCUUUGUAGUUAAUCUUUGCUUGUUUUUGAUAGAUCUCUUUUGACUGUUGUCUUACGAUAGUCAGAAUGUUUUUGAUCGCGAUUUUUCGAGUAGUUACCGCUGAUCUUCAUGAUGUGAUUGUGUCAGUUUGCAGUGCUGAACCAUUAGCAACGCUGAGGUUGCUAGUACGUUUUGUUCUCAAACCUCACUCAUGGUUAGUGGAUUCCGAUCCUUGACUUUGUUGGAGUUAGUAGCCGUUCUUCAGAUAUAAUAUUACUGCUUUCAUCAUUCGGUCACCAAGGUCAGCGAAGAGAUCUGCCAUUACGCAAGAGUGAUUGCAAGAAGGAGAAAAGCGUGGUUUCAUUUAUAGAUAGUUACUAUUUGCAGCAAAACACAACUGGAUGACAUUGCGCAUGAGCAGACCAUUAUUUGUAGGCAGUUACUUGCAGUUCAUGUCGUAGGCUUUCAGCCAAUAAGAAAGGAAGAACAAUUUGCUUCGAAUUAUAAUAAUCUUUUCGUUAAUCAAUUCAGUUGGAGUACCUUCUGCCGAUUUUUCUGGUAGAUGACUACCUUCAGUUACCCUGCGAACGGAGGUUCCUCUCUUGUAUAUGCUCCCCGGGCGAAACAAACUACCUACGUGACUGACAAGCGACACAAAGACUUCGUAAACGCUAAAAGCCAUGCAAAAGCGAAACCUCUUUUCCCAGGUUAACCUCCAGUAAAAUUCUGUGAUUUGCGUAGCACUUCUUGCCCUCAACUUCGUGUUUGCCCCUGCAUUUAUUAUUGCUCGUCUGGAAUGUACUCACCCAAGUAAGCUCUUUAAAAGCCUCUUGUUUGCUGACAGAAUAAAUUAUUUUCCCAAAGGUUCCAGGGAACAGAAGUCCAUCAAGUAUGUCCCUUUCAAAAGAGUACACCGAAGAACAGUUGAAUUACUUCAGAAUUUGCUAUGCCUUUACUGAUAUUCUAGCCGAAGGCCUGAGAGAAAUUUUUAAACAAGAAUGGGACAUACGGCACAAAUUAACAAAAGGAGAAUGGAAAGACGAGCCUCAGAAUGGAAUGGAUUUUUAUAAUGGGGAGUCUUUCCGAAACAAAAGAAGAUAUGCUCAUCUUUUGGCCACAAUGCAAAACGGAAACAGAGGAGAAUGGGAUUGUUCAAUGCUUUUUUAUGCUAUUCUUUUUUCUGAUUGUGUGGGGCCCAGCCUUAGCGCAGCUGUGAGGAAAAAUGUGGAUGAUCUUCGAAAUUUCAGGAACCAAGAAUUCGCUCAUAAGCCAGAAGGCAGUCUCUCUGACAUAGAUUUUCAGAAUGCCAUUAGCAAACUUGGUAAGGCGUUUCAAGCUCUUGGUCUUCCCACUGUAAAAAUUCAAGACCUAAAAGUUCAGAGAACAUAUGCAACAGAAGAAUUUCGAAACAUUCUUAAGGAGGUAGAUGAUCUUAAACAAGAGGUUCAGGUCCGGGUCCAGUCCCUUGAAGAUGAGCUGCGGAAAAUAUCACCUUCAUUUUGUAUUCUCCCUCCUAAACCUUCACAUGACAUCGGUGGUCGUGAACGCGAGGUGUCAGAAAUAGCUCAGCAGCUGAGAGAGCUAAAGGAGUCCAGUCACAACAAGCUGAGUAUUCUGUACAUCUCAGGGAAUCCUGGAAGUGGCAAAUCACAGUUAGCUGGCCUCGUAGCUCAGAGGUUCUUUGACGAGGUCAAAGAAAUACCAGGAGGUUCGUCGUUUGUGAUGACCUUAGAUGCCGCAACCUCAGUUUCUCUCUUAGAGUCAUAUGCCUCACUCGCUCGCUGUUUAAAGUGUCCAGACUAUUCUGUUAUGGAAACCCUCAGCUCAAAGGACUGGAAUGUAGAAAAGAAGAUAACCAAUCUUAAGAUGCUUAUUUCUGGAAAAGUCAGCUGUUACACGUCGUGGUUACUGGUUGUUGACAAUGUCACAACCAUGUCUUCAGUAUAUAGUCAUCUACCACAGUGUGGAAACGAGGAUUGGGCAAUGGGUCAGUUGCUGAUUACAACUCAGAACACGGAGAUUAUCCCCCUUAAAAGCUCUUUCGUUUAUCAUGUCUCAGUGAGCAAAGGUAUGAAUCCUGACGAUGCCUGUUCCUUGCUGGUUAAGGUCUCUGGAAUACAAGAUAGCGAGCUGGUGACCAAAGUGGCACAAGAACUGGACUAUCAACCUCUUGCUUUAGUAGGCGCUGCCGUCUUUGUCAAAGAGAUGCGACAGGAUGAAGCAUCGAGGAAUUUUGGCUGGAACGAAUAUCUGAAGAUAUUAAAAAAAGAUAGAAGCGAACCUACGAAGGAUAUACUCGCAUAUACAAACCCAAUUUACCCAAAGUCAAUGACCAAAGCCGUGAUGUUAGCUUUGGAAACACUGAUGAGAUCCGACGAACUUGUCAAGCAUCUUUUCAUUUUCCUUUCCCUGUGCGCGCCUCAGCAUUUAACAGUGGACAUAGUAAUUAGUUACAUCGUUAACGUGCUCAAGCAGUGUGAUGAAGCGGACGAGGAACUAAUACGCAUGAGAUUAAGAAGAUGCUCACUCUUGCUCUUUGAAGAUAGCCAGGGUGGCUACUUCAUACGUGUGCACCAAGUUGUGUAUGAUGCAAUCAAAACUCUGAUGAAUAACACUCCAGAGGGUCAAACCCCCGAGGUCGUAAAUGCCGUUAUUUCAUCAUUUGAUACAUUUAUAAACGUUGUUCCACCUGAGAAUAGGAGACUUGAAACAAUGCAUAUCGUUCCACAUUUAAAAGCAUUGACCAUGGUAACUGACAGGGUGUUCAUGAAAGAAAAUUUGUUUCAAGUUCACAAUAAAGACAUAUCAGAUCAAUGUGAAAACCUUGCACAGAUUUGUGAAAUGCAUAGUGAACUUAAUGUGGCAAAAACGUAUUGGCAAUAUUCUCUCACUGUAAAUCUUGAGAAGGUCUGUCCUAAACAUGCUGAUGUUACAAGGGGCUACAAUAAAUUAGCUACACUUUAUAUGGCCUUAGGUGACCUCGAGAAAGCAAAGGAGUAUCAGGAACGUGCUCUAGCUAUCCAGCUCAAGAAGCUCGGCGUGGCAUCUGUUCCGGUUGCAACAAGCUACAGUAACUUAGCUUCAAUAUACAAGGACUUAGGUGACCUCCAGCAAGCCAAGGCGUAUCAGCAACGUGCUUUAGCGAUAGGACUAGACAAGCUUGGUCCCGAACAUGUUGAUGUUGCAAGAAGCUUCGCUAAUUUAGCUUCAAUUUACAUGGACCUAGGUGACCUCGAGCAAGCCAAGGAGUAUCAGCAACGUGCUUUGGCGAUUACGCUGGACAAGCUCGGCCCUGAGGAUGUUGAUGUUGCAAGAAGCUACAAUAAGUUAGCUUUAAUUUACCAUAACCUAGGUGACCUCGAGGAAGCCAAGGAAUAUCAGCAACGUGCUCUAUUGAUUACCCGGAGCACGCUCGGUGCUGAACAUGUUGAUGUUGCAACAAGCUACAAUAACUUGGCGUCAAUUUACAAGGACCUAGGUGACCUCGAGAAAGCCAAGGAGUAUCAGCAACGUGCUCUACAUAUCCAGUUGAAGGCGCUUGACCCGGAACAUGUUUCUGUCGCAUCAAGCUUCAAUAACCUAGCUUCAAUUCACCUGGCCUUAGGUGACCUCGUGCAAGCGAAGGAGUAUCAGCAACAUGCUCUAAACAUCGAAAUCAAGAAGGUCGGCCCAAAAGAUGUUUCUGUUGCAAUAAGCUUCAAUAAUUUAGCUUCAAUUUACCUGGCCUUAAGUGAUCUCGAGCGAGCCAAAGAGUAUCAGCAAUAUGCUCUUGCUAUCCAGCUCGAAAAGUUCGGCCCAGAACAUGUUUCUGUUGCAUCAAGCUACAGUAACUUAGCUAUAGUUUACCUGGACCUAGGUGACCUCCAGCAAGCCAAAGAGUGUCAAGAGCGUGCUUUAAAGAUCCUGCUCAAGAAGCUCGGCCCGAAACAUUAUUCUGUUGCAGCAAAUUUCAGCAACUUAGCUUCAAUUUUCAAGGCCAUGGGUGACCUCGAACAGGCCAAGGAGUAUCAGCAGCGUGCUUUAGCCAUCGAAAUUGAUAAGGUCGGCCCGCAUCAUAUUUCUGUUGCGACAAGCUACAAUAACUUAGCUUCAAUUUCCAAGGCCGUAGGUGACCCUAAGCAAGCUAUGGAGUAUCAGGAACGUGCUCUUGCUAUCCAAUUAACGAAGCUUGGCCCGAAUCAUGUUUCUGUCGCAUCAAGCUACAGUAACUUAGCCUCAAUUUUUAUGGCCUUAGGUGACCUCGAGCAAGCCAUGGAGUAUCAGCAGCGUGCUUUGAAUAUCCAACUCAAGAUGCUCGGCUCUGAACAUGUUUCUGUUGCAUCAAGCUACAGUAACUUGGGUUCAAUUUACCUGGAUUUAGGUGACCUCGAGCAAGCAAAGCAGUUUCAGCAACGUGCCCUAGCUAUAAGACUUCACAAGCUUGGCUCGGAACAUGUUUCUGUUGCAACAAGCUACAGUAACUUAGCGUCAAUUUUCAUGACCUUAGGUGACCUCGAGCAAGCCAAGGAGUAUCAGCAACGUGCUCUAGCCAUCCAGCUUGAAAAGCUCGGUCCUGAACAUGCUUCUGUUGCAUCAAGCUUCAAUAACUUAGCUUCAAUUUACAAAGCCCUAGGAGACCUCGAGCAAGCGAAGGAAUAUCAGCGGCACGCUCUAGCUAUCUUGCUCAAGAAGGUCGGACGAAAGGAGAUCGGCCCAUAAAAUUAGUUCAGUAAAUAGUCUUCUCCCGUAGUCCUGUUGUGGAAGCUGAUCACGUAGUCAUGUAAGAAUAAUUAAAUUUAGAUUUGUAGAACGCCUGUUUGCUUAGUCCUCCGCUCAAACCCUGUGAGAAAUAUGGGGAAGGAUUUGAAAAACAAUUAGUAAUAUCCAGUAGUAUAGCAAUGUUUUACGACUUCUCUUUGUUAGUAGGCAAUAUAAGGGGAAUGUUAAGAAAGAAUCUAUUAAUGAAUAUACUUGAAUUCCUGACUUUAAUCAAAGUCAAAUUGCUUUGUCGCUGCAGUUUCUUCGCAGUAACUACUCCCUCAGUACACAGUUUCUAGUAUCGUGGUGUUCGUUGUCAGUGAAUAUUUUGAAAGAAAAAAGUAAUCUUCGAGAUGGAAGACCCAGGUUGCAAAGAAAGUUAAUGUUAACUAACAUCUACUAGCCCGAAAAACAUUUUUCACGAGC